UUGAAACAUCUAGCUAUAUUCAGUAUCUUUGGUUAGGCAAUAACUACAUGACAUAAUAGUAUAUCUUAUGUAAAGUGAUACUAAUUUAUUUUAUCAUCAUGUUUGAGCGUGGGAACAUUUGUGGAACAUUUUUGCUGCACACUACAUACUAUUACCACUUCCGGUGUGCCUGGCCGCCAUAUUUGAUUCUGUAAAAAAUAUAAAUAUUAUGAUAUUUGUUUAGCUGUCUAGCAAAGUUACGAAAGUGUAAUAAACACACAUUCGGCGGCAGAAAUUAGAAGAGUUGCACUUUUAGCGAACAACUAUCUAAGUAGAUGUCACUGGUUGACCUGGGGAAGCGGCUGCUGGAGGCUGCGCGGGCAGGGCUGGAUGAUGAUGUCAGGACCCUCAUGGUCAAUGGAGCUCCCUUCACCACUGAUUGGCUGGGGACAUCCCCGCUCCAUCUAGCGGCUCAGUACGGACACCACUCCACUGCUGAGGUGCUUCUUCGAGCAGGCGUUAGCAGGGAUGCCCGGACCAAAGUGGACAGGACCCCACUCCACAUGGCGGCCACGGAGGGCCACUUCAAUAUAGUGGAGCUGCUAGUCAGUAGCGGAGCGGACAUCAAUGCUAAGGACAUGCUGAAGAUGACAGCCCUGCACUGGGCGGCCCAGCACGGUCACAGAGAGGUGGCAGAGCUGCUGCUCAAAUAUGGAGCAGACGUCCACUCCCUCAGCAAGUUUGACAAGACGCCCUUUGACAUCGCCAUGGACACCAGCAAUACUGAGCUCAUGAUACUGUUACAGGAUGGCAUGCAGAACCAAGUGAACAUGAACCCAGAGCCCCAGUUCAUCAUCUCCUCUGCUGGGGUCGUGAACCUCUCUGACCUCGUCAACACCACCGCCAAGUCAGGAGAAUCUGUCUCUACCACCUCAGUCCUGGCAACACUGGCAGCCCUGGCAGAAGCCUCCGGUCCCAUGGGUAACAAUGCAGGCAAAUCUGAGGAUGCGAUCGCUGCAGAUUCUGUGGACUCGGCCAUUCAGCAUGUAGUGGGCGAUGGAGGUCAGAGGGUCAUCACCCUAGUGACGGACCAACACGGCAACCUGCAGCCAGCAGGAAUUGGACAGCAGUUCUUUGUCACUAUGCAGGGGCAGCAAAUGGUGGCUGUCCCGGCUGGUCAGAUCACAGAGGAGGUGGUGGAACAGGAGCCUUAUCCCUCUCCGGCACGCAAGAGGAGAAUAGAGCCUGCAGCCAUCUUAACCAGACCCAAAGAAAAGAAAGCGAAGUCAGGGGACAGCAGUCGGGAGCAGCUCCAGAAGCAGUUGCAGGAGGCCAACCGGAAGGCCCAGGAGUACCGCACACAGCUCCUACAGAAGGAGCAGGAAGCUGAGCAGUACCGCCUCCGACUAGAGGAGGCCAUAGAGCAACAACAGAGCAACAAUACCAGCAAUGCUACUGGUUCUACCAGCACAGGUGUCCAGGAGGUAGAGGAGGAGGUGGUCCAAAUAGAAAAACAAUGUGAGACAGAGGAGAGAGUUGUAGAGGAAGACAAAGUGGAAGGGGAGGAGGACGUCCCAUUUCCGGAAGAAACCAUUCUGGUUAAAGUGGAGGAGGAACUGGAUUCAGGGGAGGGAGAACAGAUAACAGUGGAUGAGACCGAGGAAACGGAGAAGGCUUCAACUAAGGUCACAACAAUCCCCAAACGGGGGAGAGGGAGGGGACGAGGACGUGGAAGGAGGCGGUAGUCAAUUGUCCCUCUGUUCUCUUGGUGUUCUCUCAUGAUAUGUCUUGUUUUAUGCUUUUAUAUUAAUAUUAACGGUUAUUACUUGUUUGUUAUUUUAGAACAAUAACAUUGUACUUGUAUUUGUAACUAGGUUUUGAGAUUAUUUUAUUUACUUGCAAUACUUUUGAUGAAGAAGCCAUUGGCGAGCACUUGUAAGCUAACGCUGAGCCAUAUGUGGGAGGAGUUAAGGAUGCAGAUAGCUCCACAGUGUACAAACUAUUCUGUGAAUUUAGAGAAAGUAAAAAAAGGUAUGUUUGCAUAGGAGUGUAAAUACUAAAAUGUGGGUUUGAUUGCACUGUGCAUUCAUUCUCCUAAGAAUAAGGUUUGCAACACAUUCUAAAUAGGAUAUUCAAUCCACAGCAUUUCCGGUUCCUGUCAUCAGCGUCAUGUUUAAAAUGGUAGAAUCAAGGCUGGCUAAGUUGUAGUUAUUUGCGUACCUCAAUGUGUGAGUGUUUGGGCAUGUGUGGGUGAGGUCGAGGUGUGGGAUAUCGGUGUUUCUUUGCUAGUUGGCCAGCUUUCUUAAAUCUCAGUCUUAAAUAUCCUCUUCUAGUACUAUUUUAGUUGCAGACCACUCAGACACUAAGAUACUGUAGGUUUUCAUUUUUUGUUCCAAGUAAUGUUAGAUUUUAGAGUUAAUGUGUAAGUUAAUGUUAUUCUUAACCUCUUAUUUUUGUUCUUUUUGAAAUUUUAAAGCAUUACACUCUGUAUAGACCAGCGUCUGUCAAUAGACGUUGAUCUGUCAUCGCAGUCCAGUUUAAACUAAUACUCUCAGAAAAAUAUUGUUUACAUAUGCUCUCUUUGAUGACUAGUUAGUUUGGCACUAUGUCCUCCUAUGUGUUUUUAUAAUGUUCGUAAAGGAACACUAUCAGGGGUUAUCUUCCAUUUGGUUAGGAUAAAAAAUAAAAAAAACAUUUUGCUACAAAAUAAUGUUAGUGAGUCAAUAUGGGAAAAUGUUGAAUUGUUUUUUAUGUGGAAUACCCCUUUCUUAACAAAUGUAUUUUUAGAAUUCAAUAAAUAAGCACUUAUUGUUAUUCUA